UAGCAGCAGUAGCAGUAAGUCUUGAUAGUCGGCCUAUGUACUAAUACGUGUUGGUGUAUGAUUAUGAUACUUUGAUACUAUUAACGACAGAACCACGAUCAGAGUAGCACAAUCGCGCUUGCUAUACGACUCGAAUAAUCAUCGUCAUAGUUGUCAACUCAUUCUCACCUUAUAUCGCGACAGAAAUUUUAGAUAAAAUUAUAUUACCUCCUUGUUGGUGUUUAUUUUUAUCAGCCAGCAGUUGCACUGGAGUCUUCGCAAGGAUUUCUCUCGAUACCAAAGUGCGUAAAUGUAAACGAAAAUGAAAUUUUUAGUGAAAGUGAUGGACCUCAUCAUCCUCCAGUUCUUAUGGAUUGGUUAUGUCAUUUACAGGAGUGUUUGCCCGGAGAAAAAGCUGUACCACUCUAUCCAAGAUGACCGCAGUUUAUCACAAGACGAAACCAAAAACAAACGCCACUUCAUUCACCUGUAUACAACGACCUCGAUGAACGGAAAACCUGUGUGUUACAUGGACGUCUACCAGAUAUACUCAGCUUCAGAUGAAGAACAUCUAAGAAGCGUUUGCUCCAAAGGCGUCCCUAACAAAACGUACUACAGGCACAAGGAACGACUUACCAAAGAGAGGUCCUACAUUCCAGACGAAUGGAAAGAUUACUCUAUAAUGGCUGUUUGAUUCAUUUUUGAUUCACAUGGAAUUUAAAUCUGCGAUAUUACCGAGUAGUUUUCUCGAACGAAAGAAUUGAUGCAGAUCAUCAAAUGUAGGAGAAGUCGGUUUUAAAUAUCAUCAUUUACGUCCUCUGCUGGACUUAAGUCUCCCUUAAUUGUUUCCACACUUCAUGGUUUUAUGCUAAUUGUUGCCAGUUUUUACCCAUCUGCCUGAAAUCAUCUGUCCAUCGUGUAGGAGGUUUUAUAUAUCAUCCGUAAUACCUGUUCUUUUUUUAAGAUCUUCAUUUCUUAUUUUAUCCCGUAGGGUUACGACCAGUUUGGAUCUGUCCAUACGCCUUUGAGCAAACCUCAUUUUCGACGCUGUUGCCUUAGUUAGAGUCAGUGUCUCUGCUCCAUAUGUCAUUACCGGUAACACACAUUGAUCAAACGCUUGUCUUUUUAAACUGAUCGACAUACUGCUUCUAAAUACGUCUCUCGGCGCUCCGAGUUGCCCAAUCAAGAGACUUAAACUUUUGCUUGAGCGGUUUUCAACAUAUCAUGACAAAAUUAAGGAGAGGGGGGUAUGAUUUGAAAUUUUUUUAUUUUUUAUUAUGUGAAAUAAAAGUGCAUAACUUCAAAAAUACUUUCUACAAAUUUCAGAUUGAUAGGAGCAAAAUUGCCGGAAAUACAGCAUGUUAAAUAUCCCUACCUUCGACUCACUUUGCAGCAGCUUCGCGCCAGUGCGCUUGAGCGUACUUAUGAGAAACGUUCAACAGCUGUUCCACUUCUCUUCUGUAAAUUACUCCGCGAUUCAAAAUCAUAUUCCGAAGUGCAUCACUUUACGAUUUGACAGACAAAAAAGAAAUCAAACUUGUCAAAACUUUGAAAGCGUUUUUCUCAAAUGCCUUUUUCAAAAGCGGUAGAUAUUGUAAGUCAAAAAGAACUGGACCAAUCCACCUGAAAAUUUGCAUAUAUUUUCUUUAAACAUCUCGUGAGGUAAGGCUAUCCAGAUAUUUUUUGUUUUAUGCUUAUUUUUUGUUUAACAAUAAUAAAUAUUCUGAUUUUGAUACGUUUUAUAGAAAAUUUGGUUAUUUUGAUUUCUGAGUGCUACCAUAAAGUCAAAAAUCGUUAAAACUAUAAAGAACUUAACAGUAUUACCUCGAUAAACUCAUAAGCUAAUAAAAUCUUUAAAUUUUUUGUUUUACAUGAUAAGACGAGUUCUGAUGUCCACCGCAAAAUCUAUUUUUGGAGGUGUUUGUUAAAAUUUGCUAUCGUUGGUCAUUUUUCAAUAUUUUGCCUUGAAAUUUGUUUUGAAUAUUCUUUGAAUUGUACUGAAAUAGAUUAUUUAAUUUGAAAAUACAUAAUAUAUUUCUGCCAUAGUUAAAAAAAUCACAAAAAUGUGCUUGAAAUGUUGAUUUCAAAUCGUACCCUCCUUCCUCAAUCAAAGUCAGCAAUGCAGGAGAGAAACAGUACUAGAAGGGCGAUUUUAACAUCAAUAGUUAUCAAUACAAGUAGGAUUUAUUAUGUGAAAAAUUUCUCGAAUUUGGGUACUAUGUGUAAUUUAAAUCGAAGGAUCGUAAAGGAGUACUUAUACAAAUUAUAUAUACACUCACAGACAAAAAUAUCUCACAUUAUACUUUGAGUACGGUUUUGAACUACAUUUUUUUCUUUUUGAAAAGUUUUGUAAUUUUUAUUGCUAAAUAAGUUGUGCUUGACUAUUCUACGUAUAUCCCUUAACGAAAAUUUUUAUAUGUAAAACGGUCCAUAGUAAAUUCAGGAAUAAAAAUAAAAAAUAAUGAUUGAAGAUAAAAUAUGUAUUAUUUUUGUCUGUGAGUAUAUUUAAGCAUUUAUGGAAAGGUUUAUUUCGCAAAUAUUAUCAUUGACGACUGACGACUCAGUAAUCCGCAAGCAAAUGAAAAUAAGAGAUAAUGUACAACACACUAAGUAUACCCUUAGCCUAAUUUGCUCUUUAUUUGUUUAUAAUAAUAAUAAAGAUAAAGAAGGAUUUUAACAUUACAUAUUACAUUCACAUAUCCAACAAUCGUUAGACUGAACCGUUUAAAAACUAUCCCUCCAAAUCAGGAUUAAAAUUAUUUAUUAUAACCAAAAUUAAGAAAAAAUAAAUGUUAAAUUUAAUGACGCGUUACAAAACACAUCAUAUCGGUAAUCGAAAAAUUUGGUUAUGCGACGUUGUCAGAUCAAUCGGGUGUCAAAGGUUUUUCGGAUUUUUAUUUGUUACCAGUUUCACAGUAAAAUUUCCUUCUGCAUAUAUUUUAAAACAAAGUGUAUAAUUUCAUGGGAUUGUGCACUUUGUGCCUCAUUUUUCCCGGCUCUUGUAAUAUUCAUGUUUAUUAAAAAGAAAUAAUAAUAUAAAAAAUAUUUUCUAAAUAAACAACUAUUCGACGGUUUUAUCUGGCAAUAUCGCAAAACUAAUGAUUUCGAGCAUAAUUCAUUUUAAAUGGAUGUUUACUAUUCGCACCAACGCGUUCAACUGAGGUUCCCUCUCCUUGAUUUGCUACGUGAGUUACCUUCGCAAUUUCAGAUAUAUUUGUACGCUUGUACCGACGUGUCUCUAUGGGGUUCUUCAGGAUAUUAAUUAGUUAACUUGUCUUGUUACCAUAAACCAAGAACCUUUUCCUAUGUUUGAUGACCUGUAAGAUACCAUCGAUUGUGAGAUUGUGAUCAAUUUGAUUUUAUUAUAAUAAUAAAAAUGAUUGAUUUGCAGCUCACCUAUAUGCGUGAAGAGUACAUGAGUCUUAUACUUAACAUACGCUUGUUAUUUUUUCCUUAGAAAGGAUAAUAUAGAAUAUAAAACCUUAACACACCAUGUACAUAAUUCUUUGUAACUUUCGACUGAUUAGAUUUAACAUACUUUUAUUAAAAAUAAAUUUAAAAAAAUG